CCUUUCCCGCUGCCGGUUCCUCUCCCAGUCCCGGUUCCUCUCCCAGUCCCGGUUCCUCUCCCGGUCCCAUUCCUCUCCCGGUUCCUCUCCCAGUCCCGGUUCCUCUCCCGGUGCCGGUUCCUCUCCUGGUCCCGUUUCCCAGUCCCAUUUCCCAGUCCCGGUUCCUCUCCCAGUCCCGGUUCCUCUCCUGGUUCCUCUCCCAGUCCCAUUUCCCAGUCCCGGUUCCUCUCGCGGUGCCGGUUCCUGUCCCGGUCCCAUUUCCCAGUCCCGGUUCCUCUCCCGGUUCCUGUCCCGGUCCCGUUUCCCAGUCCCGGUUCCUCUCGCGGUGCCGGUUCCUGUCCCGGUCCCAUUUCCCAGUCCCGGUUCCUCUCCCGGUGCCGGUUCCUGUCCCGGUCCCAUUUCCCAGUCCCGGUUCCUCUCCCGGUGCCGGUUCCUGUCCUGGUGCCAGUUCCCAGUCCCGGUUCCUGUCCCGGUCCCGUUUCCCAGUCCCGGUUCCUCUCGCGGUGCCGGUUCCUGUCCCGGUCCCAUUUCCCAGUCCCGGUUCCUCUCCCGGUGCCGGUUCCUGUCCUGGUGCCAGUUCCCAGUCCCGGUUCCUGUCCCGGUGCCGUUUCCCAGUCCCGGUUCCUCUCCCGGUGCCGUUUCCCAGUCCCGGUUCCUCUCGCGGCUGCGGUCCCGCCGCCGUUGGGGCGCAGCGAUGUACCCCGGCUCUGCGGCGGGCGCGGCGGGGGCGCGGCGGCGGCGCGGCGCGGCGGCGCUGCCCAAGCAGCCGGAGCGCAGCCUGGCGUCGGCGCUGCCGGGGGCGCUGGCCGUCACCGCGCUCUGCACGGCGCUGGCCGAGCCCGCCUGGCUGCGCAUCCACGGCGGCACCUGCGCCCGCCAGGAGCUGGGCGUGGCCGACGUGCUGGGCUUCGUGCAGCCCGAGCUGCUGCGAGAUUUCUGCAUGAACCCGCAGACGGUGCUGCUGCUCCGCGUCAUCGCCGCUUUCUGCUUCCUGGGCAUCGUGUGCAGCCUCGGCGCGUUCCUGCUCGACGUCUUCGGGCCCAAACACCCGGCCCUGAAAAUCACCCGGCGCUACGCCUUCGCCCACAUCCUCACAGUCCUGCAGUGCGCCACCGUGAUCGGCUUCUGCUACUGGGCCUCGGAGCUGCUGCUGGCGCAGCAGCAGCAGCACAAGAAGUACCACGGCUCCCAGGUGUUCGUCACCUUCGCCGUCAGCUUCUACCUGGUGGCCGGCGCCGGCGGCGCCUCCAUCCUGGCCACGGCGGCCAACCUGCUGCGGCACUACCCCAGCGAGGAGGAGGAGCAGGCGCUGGAGCUGCUCUCCGAGAUGGAGGAGGCCGAGCCCUACGGCCCCGACUACGAGGUGGUCAACCAGUUCCAGCCGCCGCCCGCCUACACGCCGUGACGCCGCGCGGAUCGGCGCCGGACGGGCCCCGGCCGCCGCCGCCGCCACCGCGGUUGUUGGGGUUGUGGCGAGCGAGAUCGAGGUCAUCGAGAUCGUGGUCAUCUGAUUGUGGGUCAUCGAGAUCGUGGUCAUCGCGAUCGAGGUCAUCGAGAUCGAGGUCAUUGAGAUCGAGGUCAUCGAGAUCGUGGUCAUCUUGAUCGGGGGUCAUCGAGAUCGAGGUCAUCUCAAUCGGGGGUCAUCGCGAUCGUGGUCAUCGAGAUCGAGGUCAUCUCAAUCGGGGGUCAUCGCGAUCGAGGUCAUCGAGAUCGUGGUCAUCGAGAUCGAGGUCAUCGAGAUCGCGGUCAUUGAGAUCGAGGUCAUCGUGAUCGUGGUCAUCUUGAUCGGGGGUCAUCGAGAUCGAGGUCAUCGAGAUCGAGGUCAUCUCAAUCGGGGGUCAUCGCGAUCGAGGUCAUCGUGAUCAAGGUCGUCUUGAUCGGGGGUCAUCGCGAUCGUGGUCAUCGAGAUCGUGGUCAUCGUGAUCGAGGUCAUCGAGAUCGAGGUCAUCUUGAUCGGGGGUCAUCGCGAUUGAGGUCAUCGAGAUCGAGGUCAUCGAGAUCGUGGUCAUCGUGAUCGAGGUCAUCGAGAUCGAGGUCAUUGAGAUCGAGGUCAUCUUGAUCGGGGGUCAUCGCGAUUGAGGUCAUCGAGAUCGAGGUCAUCGAGAUCGUGGUCAUCUUGAUCGGGGGUCAUCAAGAUCAAGGUCAUCGAGAUCGAGGUCAUCAUGAUCAUGGUCAUCUUGAUCGGGGGUCAUCGCGAUCGAGGUCAUCGAGAUCGAGGUCAUCUUGAUCGGGGGUCAUCGCUAUCGUGGUUAUCGAGAUCACGGUCAUCGAGAUCAUGGUCAUCUGAUUGUGGGUCAUCGAGAUUGUGGUCGUUGAGAUCAUGGUCAUCGCAAUCGAGGUCAUCGUGAUCGAGGUCAUCAAGAUCGAGGUCAUCGCGAUCGUGGUCAUCUUGAUCGGGGGUCAUCAAGAUCGCGGUCGUCGAGAUCGCGGUCAUCGCAAUCGAGGUCAUCGAGAUCGUGGUUACCUUGAUUGUGGGUCAUCGCGAUCGUGGUCAUCGUGAUUGUGGUCACCUCGAUCAUGGGUCAUCGCGAUCGUGGUCAUCACGAUUGAGGUCAUCAUGAUCCCGGUCAUCGCGAUCGUGGUCAUCGCGAUCGAGGUCACCUUUACUGUGGGUCAUCAUGAUCGUGGUCAUCGCGAUCGUGGUUAUCACGAUCGUGGUCAUCGCGAUCAUGGUCACUUGAUCCCAGCACUGUGAAUGUGGGUCAUCACGAUUGUGGUGACCUGGAUCGUGGGUCAUCGCGAUCGUGGUCAUUGUGAUCGUGGUCACUUGAUCCUGACACCACGAUUGUGGGUCAUCACGAUCGUGGUCAUCGCCAUGACGGUCACCUUGAUUGUGGGUCAUCGUGAUUGAGGUCACCUUGAUCAUGGGUCAUCGAGAUCGUGGUCAUCACGAUUGAGGUCAUUGAGAUCGACGUCACUAUGAUCAUGGUCAUCGCGAUCAUGGUCACCUUGAUCAUGGGUCAUCGAGAUCGUGGUCAUCACGAUUGAGGUCAUCAUGAUCCCGGUCAUCGCGAUUGUGGUCACUUGAUCCCAGUCACUAUGACCAUGGUCAUCGUGAUCACAGUCAUCAUGAUUGUGGUCAUCGCGAUCGUGGUCGCCUUGAUCCCGGUCACCUCGAUCGUGGUCACCUCAAUCCCGGUCACCUCGAUCCCGGUCACCUCGAUCCUGGUCACCUCGAUCCAGGUCACCUCGAUCCCGGUCACCUCGAUCCCUGUCACCUUGAUCGUGGUCACCUCGAUCCCGGUCACCUCAAUCCCGGUCACCUCGAUCCCGGUCACCUCGAUCCCGGUCACCUCGAUCCCGGUCAGCUCGAUCGUGGUCACCUCAAUCCCGGUCACCUCGAUCCCGGUCACCUUGAUCCCUGUCACCUUGAUCAUGGUCACCUCGAUCCCGGUCACCUCAAUCCCGGUCACCUCGAUCCCGGUCACCUCGAUCCCGGUCACCUCGAUCCCGGUCACCGUGAUCGCGGUGGAUCGAGUGGACAGAGCGGUCGGACCGGCGUGGGGGUGGGGGUGGUGGUGUGGGAGGGUUGGCUGGGGCAACGUUGGGAGAUCUCCCAGGGGAAGGAUUUCUCCAGUGGAUCUCUGGAGAUCUCCCAGGGGAAGGAUUUCUCCAGUGGAUCUCUGGAGAUCUCCCAGGGGAAGGAUUUCUCCAGGUGGAUCUCUGGAGAUCUCCCAGGGGAAGGAUUUCUCCAGGUGGAUCUCUGGAGAUCUCCCAGGGGAAGGAUUUCUCCAGGUGGAUCUCUGGAGAUCUCCCAGGGGAAGGAUUUCUCCAGGUGGAUCUCUGGAGAUCUCCCAGGGGAAGGAUUUCUCCAGGUGGAUCUCUGGAGAUCUUCCAGGGGAAGGAUUUCUCCGGGUGGAUCCCAGGAACUCUUUCAACAAAGGAUUUCUCCAGCUGGAUCCCAAGAACUCUUCCAGCAGAAGACGCUUUGGACAGAUCCUGGAAGUUCUUCCAGGGGAGGGUUUGUCCAGGUGGAUCCCAGGAACUCCUGCAGGGGAGGAUUUCUCCUGGUGGAUCCCAGGAGAUCCUCCAGCAAAGGAUUGGCCUGGAUGGACACAGGAAGUUCUUCCAGGGAAGGACUCGUUGGAGCAGAUCCUGGGAGAUCCUCCAGGGGAGGAUUUCUCCAGGUGGAUCCCAGGAGCUCUUCCAGUCAAGGACUGGUCUGGAUGGAUCCCGGGAGUUGUCCCAGGGAAGGACUGAAGGAUUUCUCCCAGUGGAUCCUGGAAGCUCCUCCGGGGAUCCCAGAAAUUCCCCCGGAUCCUGGUCUUGAUCCCAGUGGGAAUGGGGUGGGAUGGGGAGAGAUCCAGGAGGUCCUGGAGGGAACGAUUCGUUGGGGUGGAUCCCGAGAGCUCCUCCAGCAAAGGAUUUCUCCUGGUGGAUCCCAGGAAUUCCCUCGGGAAGGAUUUCCGAUUUCUCCUGGUGGAUCCCAGGAAUUCCCUCGGGAAGGAUUUCAGAUUUCUCCUGGUGGAUCCCAGGAAUUCCCUCGGGAAGGAUUUCCGAUUUCUCCUGGUGGAUCCCAGGAGCUCCUCCAGGGCCUCGAUCCCGGAGGUGGUUCCGUGGCUCCGGUGGGGUUCAGACACCGGGGGGAACGUUGGGAUCUCCUGCUCCAGGUGGGUUUUCCUUGGAAUGAGGGGAGUGGGAUCCAUGGAUUCCCAUGGACUGAGAACUUUGGGAUCCCCCUGGACUGAGAACUUUGGGAUCCCCAAUUUGCAACUGAUUGAGAACUUUGGGAUCCCCAUGGAUCAAAAACUUUGGGAUCCCCCUGGAAUGAGAACUUUGGGAUGCCGAAUUCCCACCGGAUCGAGAACUUUGGGAUCCCCAAUUCCCAGUGGAUCAGGAACUUCGGGAUCCACCAUUCCCCAUGGACUGAGAACUUCGGGAUCCCUGUGGACUGAGAAUGUUGGGAUCUCCAAUUCCCUGUGGAUCAAGAAUUUUGGGAUCCCCAAUUCCCAACGGAUCGAGAACUUUGGGAUCCCCUUGGAAUGAGCACUCUGCGAUGUCCAUGGAUUGAGAACGCUGGGAUCAGGAAUUCCCAACAGAUCAAGAACUUUGGGAUCCCCAAUUCCCAAUGGAUCCCGAACUUUGAGAUCCCCACAGAUCAAAACCUUUGGGAUCCCCAUGGACUGAGAACUUUGGGAUCCCCAAUUCCCAAUGGAUCCCGAACUUUGAGAUCCCCACAGAUCAAAACCUUUGGGAUCCCCAUGGACUGAGAACUUUGGGAUCCCCAAUUCCCAAUGGAUCCCGAACUUUGGGAUCCCCACAGAUCAAAACCUUUGGGAUCCCCAUGGACUGAGAACUUUGGGAUCCCCAAUUCCCAGUGGAUCCCGAACUUUGGGAUCCCCACAGAUCAAAACCUUUGGGAUCCCCAUGGACUGAGAACUUUGGGAUCCCCAAUUCCCAGUGGAUCGAGAACUUUUGGGAUCCCCCAGGAACAAGAACUUUGGGAUCCCCACAGAUAAUAAACGUUGGGAUCUGGAAGUCCGAGUGGAUCCCAAACUUUGGGAUCCCCAAUUCCCAACGGAUCGAGAACUUUGGGAUCGUCUUGGAAUGAGAACUCUGCGAUCUCCAUGGAUUGAGAACUUUGGGAUCAGGAAUUCCCAACGGAUCCUGAACUUUGGGAUCUGAAUUCCCAGUGGAUCCCGACCUUUGGGAUCGGGAAUUCCCAGUGGAUCCCGACCUUUGGGAUCCCCAAUUCCCCCUGGACUGAGAACUUUGGGAUCUGGAAUUCCCAGUGGAUCCCGACCUUUGGGAUCUGGAAUUCCCAGUGGAUCCCGACCUUUGGGAUCCCCAAUUCCCAGUGGAUCCCGACCUUUGGGAUCUGGAAUUCCCAGUGGAUCCCGACCUUUGGGAUCCCCAGUUCCCUGCCCCCGCCCCCCCGUUUUCCCGCAGGAAUAUUCAUCCCCUUAUUUAAAAAUCCGGGAAUUCCCAUCCCUGCUCCCCUUUCCCCGCCCCCCGUGGACAUUCUGCACUUUAUUCCAGGCUCUGGGAAUUUUUGGGGGUUUUUUUUUGGGAUCAUCCCGUCCCUCACCCCGCGAAAUUCGGGAAUUUUGGCCUCCCGGGAAAUCGGGAUGAGCCCGGCUGGAAAAAUCCCCGGAGCUUUUAUGCAAAUCCCUCCACUCCCAUCCUGCUUUUCCCAGCCCAAAAUUCCCAAUUUUUCCCCCCUGCUCUGAUUUUUCCCGCCCAGGACCAAUCCCAGAAAUUUUCGGGGCCAAAAAAGGAAAAAAAAAUAAAUAGGAAAAAACAGAAAAAUCCCGUAAGGAUGGAAAUUCCCAACAGAAUUCCCAUUCCUGCCACGCUUCGGCUCCGAGGGGAUUCUUUUUAGGGAAUCUCCUGAUUUUUAGGGAAUUUUAACCCCGGGAUCCGGCUCCUUGGAGGUCCCGGUGCUUUUAUCCCGAUUUUCCCGCUUUUAUCCCGAUUUUCCUGCUCUUUUCCCCCUUUUUUUCCCAUUUUUUCUUCCCCCUGGCUAUGCAAGAGCUCCCCUGGGAUGGAAAUCCUGGAAAAAAUCCUGGAAAAAUCCUGGAAAAAAGAAAAUCCCAGAAAAAAACAACAAAAAACCCCAAACCCAAUCCCAGGAACGGCCCCUAAAAAGCCCUGGGGGAAAUCCCGGGAUUUGGGAUCCGCCGGGAAAGACGUCGGGAUUCCCUGGAUAUGCAAGGAAUAAAUCUGUGAAAAAUGGGA